AUGGGAUUACCAUUAGAGUUAUUUACUGGAGAAAUGGAUUCACCAAAUGAAGAAUCAAUAAGAAAUAUCAUUCAUUGUAACAUUUUGUCUACAGUAAUGAUGACAAGCAUCAUUAUACCCAAGAUGUUAACACAGAAAGGACCUAAUCCUGGUAUUAUAAACCUUGCAUCUUAUUCAGCACUUAGAACAACUCCAUAUUUAACUGUAUAUUCUUCAACAAAAGCGUUUAUCAUACAAUUUUGUAAAUGUUUAUCUGCUGAGACAUAUCGAAAGAAUGUGAUUAUACAGACAUUAUGUCCAUUAAUUAUCUAUGCCACAAUGACUGAACAUGAAAAACCAUCAUAUUUUAAUCCAUCGGCUAAGUCAUUUGUUCAUAGUGCAUUAAAUAUGUAUGGUGUAGUACAACAAACUACUGGUUAUAUAUUACAUGAAUAUAAAGCUUAUUUAUUUGAUUUAUUACCAACAUCAUUGUGGAUAUUAUUGACAUAUGCUAGAGUGAAUGCACGUAAGAAAUAUGUAUAA